CGGGAUCCGCGUGCGUUGCCGGGUCACGGCAUCACGCGAGACGCGCUCGACGGCGCGUGGGCCGAGGUUCAGGCGCUCGCGGCGCGGGGUCUCGUCGAACCGGUAGGAGACGAACAGCUCGCGCCGACCGAGGAGCGCCUGCUCUGGCCUGAGCUCUGGCGCCAAUACGCUGCCGUCGGGUCGCUGAGCGACGUGUGCGCGGCCCUGCUCGCCGACGCGCGGCCCGAUGCGGUGCACUUUGGGCGCCGUGUCGAUGGCCUCGAGCGCGAUGCUACGUUCGUCGUCGCCGCAGCGCAGCGCGACGGCGAUGGCAUCGCCACUCCCGCUCGCGCGACGUUUGAUGCGGUCGUGCUCGCGGUGCCGGCGCCGGACGCGCUCGCCAUCGACGGCGUCGCCGACGCGCUCCCGUCGGAACUCGCUGAUCUCGUUCGCCGCACGAGAUACGACGCGCGCACGGCGACCGCGGUUUUCCUCCGUGACGAUGAUGGUGAGGCGUCGAGGGUUCUCGACCGAGUGUUCGGCGGUAGCGUCGAGCGCGACGGACUCGGUGGUCUUGAGCUUGUGCACCGCCACGGUCGCGGUGGACCCGUCGUCGCCGUUGUCGCCCAUUCGGCAGCCGCCGCCGCCGUAGCGCAGCAGCUCAGCGUCGCCGACGUCCUCGCCGCCAUCGAUGCCGCGGCGCUUCGGCCUCUCGUCGUGUCCUCGAAGACGGUGCGGUGGCACUGCGCGCAGAUGAUCACCCCGCUCGAGGCGCUCCGGCCGCGCAACCCGGUCGACCGCGGGCCAUGCGUCUGCGACGAUAGUUCGACGCUCGUCCUCGCCGGCGACUACUGCACGCAGAGCUCGUUCCUCGGGGCGUAUGCCUCGAGCCGCGCCGCGGCCGAGGCCGUGCACCGCGGGUAUCUUCGGCGUGGCUGCUAGUUGUUGUUGUUGUUAGCGUAAUUUGUACAGAAGUGCCCUAGCCCCUCUACCUUACGCAGACCCCAACCUACUUCGCCAGCGCGUUGUCGAUCGCGGCGCACACGGCCGGGAACACCUCCUUCGGCGCCCGAUUGCCAUCGACGACGACCAAUUUAUCAGAGUACGAACCAGACACGGCCGUCGUGUUCUUGUGGUACUGGCGGAUGCGGUUCGUCAUCUUCUCCACCGUGUCGUCACUGCGAAUCACGAGCCUUUUUUCAAUUUCCUCGGUCGGAGGCUUCUUGUACUUGACGUGGUAGAUCUGGCGCGUGACGGGGUCCUGGCGCCGGCCGCAGGCGCGGUCCAUCAUGACCUCAUCAGGAACGUCUAAUCUCAGAAACAAGUUCGGCACCAAACCCAUGUCCUCCAGCGCGUCGCACUGGGCCUUCGUCCGGGGCAUACCAUCCAAGAGCCAGCCGUUGUUCUUCGCUUCAGAAGUCUCCAUCUCGGCCUUGCAGAUGCCAAUCACGAGACUAUCAGGUACGAGGUCGCCUCGUUCCAUGUAGGCCUUGGCUUCUCGGCCUAAAUCCGUGCCCGUCUUCACGUGAUGUCUGAGCGCGUCUCCUGUACUAAUAUGUUUCAAACCGUACUUGUUCACUAAGAGCUCGCACUGCGUGCCUUUGCCGCUCCCGGGGCCGCCCGAAAUAAUCAUCUUGAGCUGGUCCUUCUUGGGCUGGUUCAGCUGGUAGAGGCCGUAGGCCGCUACUCCUGCGAGAGCGCCUCCCGCGGCGAAUUUGAGCGCCAUUUUGCUGCUUUUUUAGCGCUUUUUUGAUACGUGUAGCUGCUCGCACUACGCGUCGCAGUUAUGCAGCUAGCGUUCGCAGGACUCGUUUGUCGUGUCUCUGAGAGCUGUCUCGUCGUCCAGAUCGCAGCGAUGGCGUAUCGUGGGACCAAUAAGGCAGGGUCGCCGGCUUUGGCUGCGGAGAUGACUCGUGAUAUUUUUUCGAGCAGGCGUCGCCAGGGCCUCUCGUAGAGCCCUGUAGGUGCAUUCUAGACGGGUCCCGGGAGUUUGAGGACGGCUGCUAACGGACGGGUAUUGAUUUUGCGGUUGCAAACGAAGCACAGGCUGUGCUCGGCUACAGCGCAGCGCGCACGGUUGAGCAGCGCUCUACGCAAUCUCAGACAUCAUGGCGGCGGUUCUGGUACUUCACUGCGUCGAAAACGGGCGCGCGCACGCUGUAACGCCAUCCGCACUUGGCUCAACAAAAAACGGGGCGCGAGGCGCCGGUGGCCCUCCCCGGCCGCCGCGCAGCGCCCCAGCGAAGCGCCGCAGCGCCGCCACCGCGGCUGGCACCCCAAAAGCCAUCUCCGCGGACAAACCGAAACCGCGGCGGCACAGCUCUGCGGCCGCCUGCACACACACAAACGCCGCCGCCGCGGCACGCAGCGGGCCUCCCUCGGCACGCCGCCGCAGCGCGCAGCGCCUCAGCGCGCCGCCGCACGUAGCCACACACACACACACACCGCUCGCGCCGACAAACGCCGCAGCACACAACCACUCCCAUCACGCAGGGCGACGCCACGAACAGCCCGCCGCCCAAGGCGCCCAAGGCGAAGAAGAAGGGCACGAAAACAAUAGAACAGACCUACCAGAAGAAGACGCAGCUCGAGCACAUUCUGUUGCGGCCCGACACGUAUGUCGGCAGUAUCGAGCAGUCGACGCAGCCCAUGUGGGUCCUGGACGCGAAAACGAAGCGCAUCGUGAAGAAACAGACGACCUACGUCCCGGGCCUCUUCAAGAUCUUCGACGAGAUCAUGGUCAACGCCGCGGACAACAAGCAGCGCGACCCGUCGAUGACGACGAUCAAGGUCGACAUCGACCGCGAGUCGAAUACCAUCUCCGUGGCGAACGACGGGAAGGGCAUCCCCGUCCAGAUCCACAGCGAGCACAACUGCUACGUGCCCGAGCUGAUCUUUGGGCACUUGCUGACGGGUUCGAAUUUUGACGACGACGAGAAGAAGACGACGGGCGGCCGGAACGGCUACGGCGCCAAGCUCGCGAACAUUUUUAGUACCUCGUUCACGGUCGAGACGGCUGACUCUUCGACCGGUAAGAAGCUGAAGCAGACGUGGGUCAAGAACAUGUCGAAGACCGUCGGUGAAGCUCAGAUUUCGACACACAAGGGCAAGAAGGACUUUACCCGGGUCAGCUUCACGCCGGAUCUCAAACGGUUCAAGAUGGACUGUUUGGAUGACGACGUGGUGGGGCUGCUGUCGCGGCGAGCUUAUGAUGUCGCGGCGUCGUCGUCGUGCCACGGCAACGGGAGCUUGAAGGUGGAGUUGAAUGGUGAAAGGGUACCAGUUAAAAGUUUUGCGCAGUACGUGAAGCUGCACGACGGCCUCGAGCCCCCCGCGGCCCUGGAGAAGCUCGACGACAACUGGACCGUGGGCGUGGCGCCGUCCGACGGCACCUUCACGCAACUAUCCUUCGUCAACAGUAUUUGUACCUCAAAAGGAGGGCAGCACGUCGACGCGGUCGCCAAAAAGGUCUGCGACUUCCUCGCGAAAGCCGUGAAGAAGAAGAACAAGGGCCAGGAGGUCAAGCCGGCCUUCAUUAAAGCCCACCUUUGUGUUUAUGUGGACGCGUUGAUCGUGAAUCCCGCGUUCGACUCGCAGACGAAGGAGACGCUCACUACCAAAGAACGGUCCUUCGGGUCGAAAGUUGUCUUGCCGGACAAGUUCCUGAAGGCCAUCGAGAAGUCGGGAGUUGUGGAUCGCGUCCUGGCCUGGACGAAGUUCAAGCAGGACGAGCAGCUCAAGCGGAAGGGGGGGUCGAAGAAGAUGCGCCUGACGGGCAUCACGAAGUUGGACGAUGCUAAUAGCGCUGGAGGUGCGAAGGGCAAGGAUUGUACUCUGAUAUUAACGGAGGGCGACUCGGCGAAGGCCUUGGCCGUGUCUGGGUUGGGCGUCGUCGGUCGUGAUUUAUAUGGCGUCUUCCCUCUGAAAGGAAAACCUCUGAACGUGCGCGAGGCGUCGCACGCGGCGAUCAUGAAGAAUGAAGAAGUGCGCUUGCGGCGUCCUUACGCCAUCUUCAUGAAUCGUCUCCAUCUUCCGAUUUUGAGCUGUUUCGGGCCGCGUCGGGGCCGUGCGGCGUGUCAGAGCGCGGUCGCGGGAGGACGCUUGCUCGUUGUCCAUCGAGAGGCUGACGCCGCCGACGCGCCUGGAACGAGCGUCCCGCAACGCAGGUCCAGAACGUCGUCAAAAUUUUAGGACUGCGCUUCGGCACGAAGUACACGGCCGAGAACAUCAAGACGCUGCGCUACGGCCACCUCAUGAUCAUGACGGACCAGGACCACGACGGGUGCUGUGAGCGGCGUCCCUACGAUCGCUCGCCGCGACGGCGUGGAGGCCUCGGUCGCCCAACGCGCCGCGCCGUCGACGCGCGCGACGCAGGUCCCACAUCAAGGGCCUGCUCAUCAACUGCCUCCACCACUUCUGGCCCUCGCUCCUCGAGAUCCCGGGCUUCCUGCGGUGCUUCAUCACGCCCAUCGUCAAGGCGACCUCCAACAGCAAGAAGGGCCCCUCGAAGACGUUCUUCACCGUUUCAUCGCGGCGUCCGUCGCGACGCGACGCCAUCGCCGCGACACAUGUUCAACGCAGGUCCCCGAGUACGAGGCCUGGAAGGACUCCAUCGGUAGCAACGCGUCCAAAUUCUCUGUAAAAUACUACAAGGGUUUAGGAACCUCAACAGCCGCGGAAGCGCGGGACUACUUCUCGGACCUAGCGACGCAUCAGUUGGACUUCGAUUUACUGAGAGAAGGCGACGGCGAUUUGGUGGACAUGGCCUUUUCCAAGAAACGGGUCGAGGACCGGAAGACCUGGCUGCGGUCCUUGGAGCCCGGCGCGUUUGUCGACUACGGCGUCGACGCGUUGGCGUACAAGGACUUCGUCCACAAAGAGUUAUCUUUAUUCUCGGUAGCUGAUAACCAGCGAUCUAUUCCUUGUGUGGUCGACGGCCUGAAACCCUCCCAAAGAAAGGUCCUGUUCGCGUGCUUCAAACGUAAGUUGAAACGCGAGAUCAAAGUGGCCCAAUUGGCCGGCUACGUCUCGGAGCACAGCGCAUAUCAUCAUGGAGAAGCCUCGCUGACCGGGACGAUCGUCGGCAUGGCGCAAGAUUUUGUCGGUUCCAAUAAUGUGAACCUGCUGGCGCCCUGCGGCCAAUUUGGUACCAGAAUCAUGGGCGGGAAAGAUGCGGCGUCUUCCCGUUAUAUUUUUACGAAGUUGGAGGCGGUGGCUCGGAAAGUGUUUCAUCCCGACGACGAUGCUGUCCUCAAGUACCUUGAUGACGACGGUCAAAGCAUCGAGCCGAACUACUACGUGCCGGUCUUGCCGCUGGCUUUAUGUAAUGGGGCGGACGGUAUCGGGACGGGCUGGGCUACCUCGGUUCCCAAUUACGACCCUAAACAACUCAUAGCGGUGCUGAGACGGAUGAUCGCGCACGCCGGCGACGACGUCGACUGCGACGAGACGUCGCUACUCGCGACGUGCGCCGCGGAGGACGUCGGUGCCGAUGGCUUGGCGCCGUCGUACCGCGGUUUUAAAGGAGACGUCAUUCUAAAAAAAGCUGGAUCGUACCAAGCGUUGGGUCGCGUCGAGCGCUUGGACGAUACGAAGGUCCUCAUCGACGAGUUGCCGCUGCGCAAGUGGACGCACGACUACAAGCAGUGGCUGGAGCAGCAGAUUGUGGGAGACGACAAGACGACGGCGUGGCUCAAGGACUUCAAGGAGAACCACACGGAUACUACGGUGUCGUUUACUGUAACGGCCCUAUCGGGAGCUAAGUUAGACGAGGCCGAGAAGGCGCCGGGCGGGCUCCUCAAGAAGUUCAAGCUCGAGUCCUCGAUGGCGACGUCGAACAUGAACUUCUUCGACAGCGGCGGCGUGGCCAUCGAGCGCUACGCGACGCCCUUCGACAUCUGCAAGGCGUUCUACAAGGUGCGGCUCGAGACCUACGCGAAGCGCAAGGCUCAUUUGGUGAAACAGAAAAAGGGCCAGGUUAACGUGCUCCGCAACAAGGUCCGGUUCAUCUUAGCGGUUUUAUCCGAGGAGCUCGUCGUUCAUAAUAGAAAGAAGGCUGAGUUACUCGCGCAGCUCGUCGAGGACGGCUACGACGCGGUGAUUCCCGAGAGCGCCAAGAAACCGAAGACUGCGGCCGCGGCCGAAGACGACGCGUCCGACGACGAGGAGGCUCCUAAGCAGAUUGAGGAGCCGGACGACCUUCGGACGCUCGCGAAGGGUUAUGAUUACUUACUGUCGAUGCGGCUCUGGGCGCUCACGCGCGAGCGCGUCGACGCGCUGCGCGGCGAACUCUCGGAGAAGGACGCGGAGCUGCGCACGCUCCAGGCCACGGCCACUACUGAUUUAUGGUUGACGGACCUCCAGGCGCUCGAGGAGCAGCUCGAUAUUGAUGACGCGAAGCGCGAGGCCGGCGAGGCGCGUCGGCUGCGUCUCUAACCUUCCGUCACGCCAUCGACGCGACACCAUGCGCGCGCAGGCCGACGCGGCGAAGAAGGCCAAGGCCCACGCCAACAAGAAGGGCAAGAAGGCACCUCACGGCGUCCCCGUGAUUCCGCCCGCCGGCGUGCCGCGACUCGCGAUCCCGCGCAGGCCGUCUCGAAACGAGCGCCCAAGAAGAAGAAAACCUACGACAGCGACGAGGAGUCCGACGGCUACGACGACGACUCGGAGGACGACUGGGGCACGCGGCGGUGUAGAAUUCACACGUUCGGUACCUGACUCACCCGUCGACGUCGCACAGGCGCGAAACAAAAGAAGAAGGCUCCGGCUCCUAAGAAGGCGGUAGCGACCGGCGCGGAAAUUUCACAUUGUAUCCCCGCGUGGACUCACCCGUCGAUCCACGCAGGCCCCGAAGCCGAAACCAGUCGCGAAGCCGGCCCCGGCGCCCAAAGCUCCGCCGAAGGCCAAGGCUGCGCCUAAAGCCGCGGCCAAGCCUAAGCCGAAGGCGAAGCCUAAGGCCGCGUGGUCCGAUGAGGAGGAGGAGUCGGACGGCUUCGUCGGGAGCGACUCGGACGACGACAACUUCGCGUCGUCGGCGCCCGUCGCGCCGCGCGCGAGGAGCGGCCGCGCGGCAGCGACCAAGAAGACGUGCGGCUCUCUGCGUCCGAACUCGCCGGACCGGCACGUUCGCCACGGCGGCUCCCACCGACGGUCGCCCACACAGGUACCAGUUCGACUCGGACGACGACGCCGCCGAGGACGACGAUGGAGACUUCCCGAUGACUCAAGAGACCGUCGAAGCGCCGCGGCCGGCGCCCAUGGAGGAGUCCGACGAGGAGGAGUUCGCGCCCGAGCCGGUGAAGCCGAAGCCGAAGGCCGCGCCGAAGGCCGCGCCGGCGCGCAAGGCCCCGGCCAAGAAGCCGCCGGCGAAGAAGAAGCAGAGCGCGUGGAACAGCGACGAGGAAUCGUCGGAGGACGACUUCUCCCUAGAUGAUGAUAGCGAGGACGAGUUCGAGUCCGCGCCGAAGCCGAAAAAGGCGCCGAAGAAAGCAGCCGCGGCUCCGAAAGCCAAGGCUCCGCCGAAGCCCAAGAAGGCGGCGACCAAGCCGCCGCCGGUCGAGGAGUCCGUCUCUCAGCGUCCCUGGAGCACUUCAUACGCCAUCGACGCGACGCCGUCGACGCGCCGCCAUCGACGCCGUCCCGCGCAGGUCGCCGCUGCCCAAGGCCAAGGGCCAGAAACGAGCGGCGCGCCAGGUCGAGGAUUCGCCCGGCGCGUGCGUCUUUAGCCCCGCUCCUCCUUCCGCGAAGCCGAAGAAGACCAAGAAGCGCGUCGUCAAGGACGAGUCCGAGGACGAAUUCGAGUUCGAUGCGCCAGUCGCGGCGCCGGCGCCGCGCGCCGCGCGCGGCGGCGGCCGGGCCAAGCAAGCCGUCAACUACGCGGCCAUCGCCGGCAGCGACUCGGAGGAGGACGAGUGGGCGAACUCGGGCGACGAGUCGGACGGCUUCGUGGACUCCGACUAGACACCCACAUGGCUGAUUGCGCGCGCCUCCCCAUUAUUCGGCGACCCGGCCUAAGAUUCAAGCAAGUA